AGUCCAAUUGCCCAAAGCUCAAAAAACAGCCCUUAAAAUUACCCUCUUACCCAAUAACUAAAAAAAAUACUCCCCUGCAUUCAUAUCUCAUAUUCUCAUGAGGAUGAGUUUGGACUGCAAUUCCCACACUUUCUAUGCGACUCGGUGAGAGGGUCAGAGACACAUCGAGUUCAUAUUCGCAAUUCCCAAGAGAGUCCAGGGGCGACCAUCUGUGUUCCAUGUUAGAGAAGGAAGGUGGUUUCUCUGGACGGCCGGUGGUCGAAGUCCUGUCGCCCUAUACAGCCGCAGAACUACCCUUCAAACCUGCCUUUUCCCCUGGAUUCUUCAUCCUUUCUGGGCUUCAGCCGCACAAAGUUCUGGAUUUUCCUUUUUUUGUAUGCGGAAUGUAUGGGAGAAUUUCCUUCCUUUGGAAGUGUGUAGAAGUUGUUCUCAAUUGUAUUGGAUGUGUAGGUGCAAUAGAUCAUCCUUGAAGUGUAAUAAACAUUUUCAUAAGUG